ACGUAUCACUCGGGCGUAAGCGGAAGUAUCGAGGAGCAACUUUGGCUACCAAAGUUGACGGUGCGUUUGAAGUUGGGUCUGUGCCCACCGGUUUUAAAUAAAAGCUUAGCGAAUUGUUUAAUAAAAUGUACAGGAUGGAUUUUUUGCCCAGGUACAUGUAGCACACUAUGAGAUGAACGAGGCUCUUCGAGAACAACAAGGCACUGACGGCAUUAUGCUGGUCAGAAACAUUAAGGAUGCAGCUACACGCAGUGUUGGUCGGGCAAGGGUGACCCAUGCAGUCGUGGUCAUCUUUUUGGAAUUCUUUUCCUGGGGUCUUCUUACAACACCAAUGUUGACUGUGCUACAUGAAACAUUUCCACAGCACACAUUCCUCAUGAAUGGGCUUAUUCAAGGAGUGAAGGGAUUGCUGUCUUUUAUGAGUGCCCCGCUGAUUGGUGCCCUGUCGGAUGUAUGGGGCAGGAAGUCUUUCUUGCUGUUGACAGUGUUCUUCACCUGUGCCCCCAUCCCGCUGAUGAGGAUAAGCCCAUGGUGGUAUUUUGCCCUUAUCUCUGUAUCUGGAGUCUUCUCGGUCACCUUCUCUGUUAUAUUUGCAUAUGUAGCAGAUAUUACAGAGGAGAAUGAAAGAAGCACAGCAUAUGGAUUGGUAUCAGCAACUUUCGCUGCCAGUUUAGUUACGAGUCCAGCCAUAGGAGCCUAUCUAUCUGCCAGUUAUGGAGACAGUCUAGUAGUACUGGUGGCCACCAUCGUUGCUGUAGCUGAUAUUCUUUUCAUACUCCUCGUUGUACCAGAGUCUCUGCCAGACAAAAUGAGACUGUCAUCAUGGGGUUUUCCAAUUUCUUGGGAGCAAGCUGACCCUUUUGCUUCUUUACGAAAAGUGGGUAAGGACACCACAGUGCUUCUCAUAUGUGUCACAGUUUUUCUGUCAUACCUUCCGGAGGCAGGACAAUAUUCCAGCUUUUUCUUAUAUCUAAGACAGGUUAUUAACUUUUCAUCGGCAGCAAUUGCAGCAUUUAUAGCAAUGGUUGGAAUCCUGUCUAUUAUAGCACAGACUUUGCUCCUAAGUGUGCUGAUGAAAAAAAUCGGUAAUAAGAAUACUAUGUUAUUAGGACUUGGAUUUCAGCUGUUCCAGCUGGCCUGGUAUGGCUUUGGGUCAGAAACAUGGAUGAUGUGGUCAGCCGGCACAGUGGCUGCUAUGUCCAGUAUCACCUUCCCUACAAUAAGUGCCCUGGUGUCCCACAUCACAGAUCAUGGCCAGCAGGGUGCAGUGCAGGGAAUGAUAACUGGGAUUAGGGGUCUGUGCAAUGGGCUUGGUCCAGCUCUCUUUGGAUUUAUCUUUUUUCUCUUCAAUGUGGAACUGAAUGAGAUGGGGCCAAUGAACCAUGACAGGGCUUCAGCUGUCAGUGAUAAGAAAUCAGUCAUUCCAGGCCCUCCUUUCCUGUUUGGAGCCUGUACUGUUCUUCUAGCACUAUUGGUGGCCUGCUUCAUCCCAGAACGCCGCAGUGUGACGGUGAAAACCUGCAGUACACGGGUUUCACCUGUUACUGGAACACACUGUAACGGUUCUGCUCCUGGGAGUGAUGAGGACAUCGAGCCUCUCUUGCAGGACAGCAGCAUGUAGCCAACUGAUACUACCUGAAGCCUCAGCUUUUUUUUGGAACAUGCAAGAAAUAUAGUACAGAGGUGCAAGCAAACAUGUGAUCUGGAAUGACAUGACAUAGUUACAGUCUAGAGAAUUGUAUUCUUUUUUUUAUAUAAUGUACUUGUUCCAACUCUGUCUCCAAAAGAGCUUUUUGAACUUUUUAAAUACGUUUUAACAUAAGGUAAGCUUUGCUUAUGUUUGCAAGCUGAGAUGUAUUAAUGUUAUGCUCUUAGUUGAAAAUGUGCCUUCACCAUGCAUUUGCAAAGUAUUUGUUUUUUGUUAUUCAGUCACUGCUGAUUGUAUAUUAUAUGAUGUACUAUAGGUCACUGAUGUCCUUUAAUUUUUAAAUGUGUAGCAUUGUAAUAGUCUUCUAUUAAAAAAAAACCUGAAAGACAAUCUUUAUAUGGAAACUAUGGUAAUUAAAUUCCUAAUAUAAGCUGUUAUUUUAUUAACUAUGGAGCUAGAGAAAUAUCCAUGUCCAUAGUUUGGUGUUAUUUAACAACCACUAUCUGGCCACAGUGCAGCUUUAUAGUUUGACCUAUCAACUAAAUGCACAAGGUGUUGUCAUAUCUUCAGCUUAUAUAAUAGUAUGUUGUAUUGAGAUAUAGGCAAGGAAUUGUAUAUGAAAAGUAUAUAGGAUAUGGCGUACAAUUGUCACAGACUGGCCUAAAUAUUUUUGUCAGUUUGUAAAUUCUUGAACUGUUACAUGUAUAUGCAAAAGGGGUAUUUAUUUCCCCGUGUAAGACUAUUUAACUGUACUUGUGCACCCUCUGCUUGUGGUCACACCUCAAAUAAUAACUGCUACCUCAGUCUGUAAAAUUGGGCCUAGCUCAACCCUGUCUAAUUUUUAAAAACGGAUUGAUGCUCUAUAUUCGAAUGAUAAGAUUCCCAACUAUCAUUUCACUCCAUCUCAGCAACUAAUUUCUCAUUAUCGCUUUUACAUAUGCAACCCAGACAUUCCUGAUCAUGUAUUUGUUUUUGAUGUGUAAUAUUUGUUUAAAUGUCUACAGUUAGAAGCUGUCAGAUCUAUUUGGAGUUCACAGUAUAUCAAUAAAAAUACAAUUUCAUUUUA